CGCAGUGCGCCUUGUUUCUACAAUGACGUUGUCUAGUCUAUGGUCGCUUGUUUUGUUUGGCACUCCCUAGUUUUGUUUCUUCGAGCCGACGAUUAAAAGUCUGCCCCGGAGAAGCUAUGGCCGAAGAGGCCUCGGGAGCCGCCCGGCCGCCUGAGCACGACGGGCUUCUCCAGCAGCGUAUUGAGGAUCUGGAGCAGGAGCGGGCUGAGAUCCUCAAGCUCAAACAGCAGCUGGAGAUGGAGUUCAACCAGAAGCGUGCCAAGUUCAAGGAGCUCUAUUUGUCUAAAGAAGAGGAGCUGAAGCGUCAGGCAGCAUCUCUGGAGAGCGCCCAGGCAGAGCUGAGCCAUGUGCAGACCCAGCUGGCUGAGGCCAAGGCCGAGAUGGAGAACAUCAAAGCCGUGGCCACCGUCUCGGAGAACACCAAGCAGGAGGCCAUCGACCAGGUCAAGCAGCAGUGGCAGGAGGAGGUGGCGUCUUUACAGGCAAUCAUGAAAGACACGUUGCAGGAAUACGAGGUGCAAUUCCACCAACGACUAGAGCAGGAACGAACGCAGUGGGCACAGUAUCGCGAAGGGGUCGAGAGAGAACUGGCCGAACUGCGGCGCCGCCUCUCUGAGGGCCAGGUGGAGGAGAACCUGGAGAACGAGAUGAAGAAGGCCCAGGAGGAUGCUGAGAAACUUCGCUCUGUGGUGAUGCCGAUGGAGCAUGAAAUCGCCGCCCUGAAGGCCAAGCUGACGAGCGCAGAGGAGCGGGUUAAAGAGCUCGAAGCAGCUAAGGUGAAGGAGCUCAACCAUGUUCUCGAGGCUGAGAAGUCAUGCCGGACUGAUUUGGAGAUGUAUGUUGCUGUCCUCAAUACCCAGAAAUCUGUCCUCCAGGAGGAUGCAGAAAAACUUCGGAAAGAGCUCCAUGAAGUGUGUCAUAUGUUGGAGCUCGAGCGGCAGCAGCACAACCAGUUGAAGCACACUUGGCAGCGUGCCAACGACCAGUUCCUGGAGUCGCAGCGGCUGCUGAUGCGAGAUAUGCAACGCAUAGAGAGUGUGCUGAGCUCUGAACAGCUGCGCCAGGUCGAGGAGAUGAAGAGGAGGGACCAGGAGGAGGAUGAGAAGGAACGGCUUAGUCAGGCUCAAGAAGCUGGCGAGGAUGAUGGCGCAGACCACACGGAUGCUGCAGAGGACUCUUUCCUCGGUCUUUCUAUAGAGGAGUCCCACCUGAACCACAGCAUCCACAGCUCUAUACACUCGCUGGACGAGGACAGGCCAGACUCGUGCGACCCCUGUAGAGAUGGCCUCCGUCGCGUCCAGUCCACAGACAGCUUGGGCUCUUCCGGAAACGCCCUGCAACCCCAAGGACUCAACCACAAAGCCAAAUCAGCCAGCAACCUGGACGAGUCUGAGUUCGGCCCGCUGGUCGGGGCCGAGUACAGCCCUUCUGUGGCACCCUCUAUCGGCUCCUUGCCUUUCCUCCUCACCAAGGACCAGGAGAAGGCCAUCAAGGCCAUGACACCCGAGCAGGAGGAGACGGCGUCACUGCUCUCGAGCAUCUCACAGCGGCUCGAUGCCACGUACCUGCCUCCAGCCGGCUACCGAUUGGUCAGCGACUCGGAGUGGAACCUGCUUCAGCAGGAGCUGAAGAACGCAGGGAGGAAGUUGGGCCGGCGUUGUGACAUGUGCUCCAAUUAUGAGAAGCAGCUUCAGGUCAUUCAGGGGCAGGAGGCGGAGACGCGAGAUCAGGUGAAGAAGCUGCAGGCCAUGCUUCGGCAGGCCAACGAUCAGCUAGAGAGGACGAUGAACGAGAAGCAGGAGUUGGAAGACUCAGUGAAGCAGGGCCAUGAAGAAACCAACACUAAGGUCUCAGCACUGAUGCAGAAAGUCCAGGAGUCGGAGUCGAUGCUGAGCGCGCUCCAGCAAGCCUUCAGCCAGGCCAAGAGGAACACCCAGGAACAGAUGGCUGUGUUGCUGAAAUCCCGGGAACAGGUGGCUGAGGAGCUGAGCAGGCUGCAGAGAGACAACGAGAGUCUACAGGGCAAACACAGACUUCACCUGACGUUGCAGCAGGAGGAGAACUUCCAGAUGCCCACAACCACCCAGGAGCUCCAGUCUUUGGUGCAGCAGUACCGCGAGGACAUCGUCUCAGUGCGCACGGCAUCAGAGCACCUGGAAGAGAAGCUGAAGGCCGAGAUCUUGUUCCUGAAGGAGCAGAUCCAGGCAGAGCAGUGCCUCAAAGAGAACCUAGAGGACACACUACAGCUGGAGAUCGAGGGAUGCAAAGAGGAGAUUGCGUCUUUCUCCAGCCUGAAGACGGAGUUGGAGCGAGUCAAGACUGAAAAAGAGCAGCUAGAGAGCAGCCUGGCGGAGAAGAGCCAAGCAUUAGAGAGUGUCCAGGGUCUGAAAAGCAGCUUGGAGGAACAGCUCAAAGACGCACUCUCCAGCAAGACUGCCCUGGAGAGUCAAGUGUUCGAUGAGAAGGACAAAGCACAGAGACUACAGACAGAGCUGGAUGUCAGCGAGCAGGUCCAGAGAGACUUUGUCAAGCUUUCACAGACUCUGCAGGUCCAGUUGGAGAGAAUCCGGCAGGCGGACUCUUUAGAGCGAAUCCGCGCCAUCCUCAAUGACACCAACCUGACAGACAUCAGCCAGCUUCCUGAGACAUGAUACUCCUCAUCCAGCAUCCUUCUUUCUUUCCCUUUCUUCCUUCACACACAUACAUCCACACACACAAACACUUUUGUCCCUAUGUUUCUCAGACCUCCCACCACCUCACUGCGUCUGCUCUGGGGCAGGACACUGGCGUGAGGCGACCUGGGCUUUUUAAAAACACUCCAAUGUACCUCCAAAAAAAAAAAAAAAAAAAAAGGCUCUGACACGUGAGAGAACACUACGACUAUUUACUACGGCUCUUAGAGCAUGUGACUAAAUGUGAAACGUCUCUGUGUGUCUUUCCCAUCAUGCUUCACUCUGUUCUUGGCCUACUUUCUUACUUCUGCACCAUCUGCUGAGCCUAAAAGAUGGGGACUUAUGAAGGAUCUUGUACAUACCUGUGUGUAUACAGAAUAUAUGUAUAUUGCAUUAAGUUAAUUUGGCCGUAUGUGUGGCUUCCAGCCGUUUUCCUGCGUCCGUGACUCAUUUCAUAAUUAUAACUCGUGCUGUGUCAGUAUUCCUCCCUUUUGUCCUUUUGUCCUUUUUCUUUAAAAGACUUACCGGACAAAUCGAGGACCUCCACCACUCAGUCAAGCGACUGCGAUUUUUCAAAAUCGUGGUCCGUUUGGUGGGUCUGAUGACAUUUGUGGUUUUCCUGUUCUCUAUGUCUGAACCUGGCAAUUCUUUCCAUCAUUGAUUCACGACAAACUGAGAUCUGCAGAGAUGGCUUUAAGGUCGGACGGGAAGACACUAAGUGUGUAGCCGCUGCUAUGUUCCAAUGUCCAGUAACACUGUAAAGCUCAGUGAGGUGAGUACCAUGUUCAUCAUUACUAUAUGAAAACUGUGCAGCAUGAGAUGAAUUAAUACUGCACACGAGGAAUUCUGAACCAAAGGCAAGCGAAAUGAGGUUUGAUUUGAGUAGAAAAAUAUGACAAUUUUGUCUGCUUCUUAAACACCUGAAUUAGUUCGGGAUCAUUUCAGGGGUGGACAAAUCAUAAAUUUAUUCGUCUCUAAUAAAGUCAUGUUUUGAGGCUGAGAAACCUAAGAGGCUUUUUUAACAAAUAAAAAUUUAAAAAAGCUAACUUAAAAAAAAGCUAAUGUAAUGUAAAAACAUAUCCCAGGCUUGUUUGCUAGUUAUGUAUGUAAAUUCCAAAAAAAAAAAAAAAAAUCAGCAUCGAGGAGAAGCAUGUAUUGUUUAAUUGUGCAUACCAAAUAAACUCUUUCGUUUGGAAAAAUCAAUAACAAGUAGUGUGUUUUUCUUUCUCAGGUCGUUGAACGAGAGAAGAAAAACAAAAAUAAAAAAAUGCUAAAAGUCCAGACGCGAAAAGAUCAUUAUCAGGCGAUUUGUCCACUCCUGCAUGUGACUCACUUUUCUAAACCAGCUCAUAUGGUAAUAACAUACGUGAAUAAUUUGUACAAAUUACACAGAAAUUCUUGAAUGUCUUGAAUAUAGCGCUACUGAUUUUCACUAGAAGUGCAGCUGUGAUUGAAAAGUGUUGAAAUCACAGUUACAGUCUUGAGUUCUCGAGUGUGGUGUGGCAAUUCAUUUACCCGACUGUUUCAGAGCUUUUCUCAGAAAUUUGGUUCGACACAAACACAAUUUCCUAAGUGGUCGCUGAUGACAAGCGAGUUUCUCCCAUCUAGACGACACAAGUUUACACAAACGCUGCUGGUUAAAUGUGAGCAGCACUUCCUGGCCUGAAGUGUUUUUUUUUUUUUUUUUUUUUUUUAAACUAAUGUGUGUCAUCUUUAUCUUUUUAAUUUGUAUCCAUUCUGUCCAUCUCUUGGUUCAUGUAAAACUCAACACUCAAAACACAGGCUAUAGUUGUGGAUUUUGCUGCUUCCCCAUUUGAUUCUAUUCGAUAGGAACAUCACACGGAGACACAAUGAACUUUUGUCUGUUUUCUAACUACCUUUUAAAUAUUCACGAAGCUCUAAACGACACAAUAAUAUCGUGUGUGGAUUAAACUGAGUGACGAGUUCAAUUUCCUCUAAUCCAGUAUGAUUUUAUGGUUCUACUUGCUUUGUGGAAAACCGCAGUUUAAUGACAACAUUAAUGGUUCUUGUUCUGUUCGCAUGGAAGAUUUAUAUACUGUACUGUGUACAUAUCUCUGUACAUAUCUAAUAAACCAAACUGUACUUAAAGCACAA